AUGGCUACAGUAUUAUCAGAUCGCCAAAGAGACGAGCUUCACAAAGCGAUCCUCGAUUAUCUCUUGGCUAACGGGUUUACAGAAUCUUUCAAUUCUUUAAAAAACGAGGCACAUCAUGAAGAUUUUAAUCCGGAUCCUUCACAAAAAUAUGCCGGACUGCUGGAAAGAAAGUGGAUUGCUGUUAUUCGGCUUCAGAAGAAGGUGAUGGAUCAAGAAGCUAAAAUCACACAAUUACAAGAAGAAGUAAAUAAUGCACCACUCAGAAAACAGAAUACCGCGGUAGAGUUCUUACCAAGGGCACCAGAGAAAUAUGCAUUGACUGGACAUAGAAAUCCUGUUACACGUGUUGCGUUUCAUCCAGUGUUUUCCGUGUUAGCGUCCGCAUCUGAGGAUACCACCAUAAAAAUCUGGGAUUAUGAAACUGGUGAAUUUGAACGAACGUUAAAAGGUCAUACCAAAUCGGUUCAAGAUAUUGCUUUUGAUCCAAAGGGUAAUUUCUUAGCAGAUUUAACAAUAAAAGUGUGGGAUCUACAAAAUGAAUAUAAAUGUGUGAAAACUUUAUACGGACAUGAUCAUAGUGUUUCUUCGGUUUCAUUCUUGCCCUCUGGAGAUUUUAUUGUUUCCGCAUCACGUGAUAAAUCGAUUAAAUUAUGGGAAUUUGCGUCAGGAUUUUGUAAGAAAACAUUUACUGGCCAUUUAGAGUGGGUACGCUCCGUUACACCUAGCGAAGAUGGUAAAUGGCUUGUUACUAGCUCUAAUGAUCAGACUUCACGUCUUUGGGAAGUAUCCACUGGGGAAUGCAAAAUGGAAUUCCGAGGUCAUGAUCACGUAGUAGAAUGUGCUAUUUUUGCCCCAAUUAUUGCAUAUCCUUACAUAAGAGAAUUGGCUGGUUUGGAAAAAGAUUCUAAAGCUAAUAGUUCAAAAGAUCAACAAUUACCAGCACAAUAUGUUGUAACCGGUUCAAGAGAUAAAACCAUAAAAUUAUGGGACCCAACGGGACAAUGCAUAAAAACUUUGGUUGGUCAUGACAAUUGGGUUCGUGGAUUAGUUUUCCAUCCUACUGGUAAAUAUCUGCUCAGCGCAUCCGACGACAAAACCAUAAAGAUAUGGGACAUCAAAACAGGAAGAUGUACAAAAACGCUCAGUGAUGCACAUUCUCACUUUGUCACAUGUAUCGCUUUCAACCCUGUGACUCCUGUGGUAGCCACCGGCUCCGUGGAUCAGACUAUAAAGGUUUGGGCUCCGUAUAGGUAA